AUGGCAAGUGCACAACCACGUCCGAAACGGGCUGGAGAGGAUUUUACCCGAACCCACCAUAGCCAAAUUGACGACGAUGGGCCCGACAGCAAGAAACCCCGAUUUGACCUCCGUAACCCUUCUGCGCUUGCGCCUGAUACACUGGACGAAGAUCAAUUCUUAGAUGCAGAUGAAAUUGGCAAAAGAGGCCAAAAGGUCCGCCGGAAAGCAGUCAAUAUCGAUGGCUACGACUCCGAUAGUGAGAAUGAAGGAUUCUCGGCACGGAUUGAAAAGAUGUCAGAACAAAAACGCAAGCAGCACGACGCCGAAGAUGACGACAUGUUUGCAGAAUUACAAGAGGACUUUGGCGAGGAGGAAAUUGACGCCGAUGAGGCACUGCGAAAAAAUAAGAAAAACGUGCGCUUCCUGCGGGAUGAGGAAAUCGAAGGUCAAGAUGCGACCUCGAAAGGUGGCAAAGCGAUGCACGCGGACCUGAGCAAAGGUCCAGACGAAGUCGACGUCGAAGAAGAGGAGGAGAGCGAGAGCGAUGUUGCAGAAGAAGAGCGCGCGAAGAUCGACGACGAGAUUGACGAAGAGCUGGGCGCAGGUGCCAAGAAGAAGAACGCGCCAUUGCUAGACGCCUUCAAUAUGAGAGCGGAGCAAGAGGAGGGCCGGUUCGAUGAUCAAGGAAACUACGUCCGUAAAGCAGCCGACCCGGAUGCUGUCUACGAUACAUGGCUAGAUGGUGUUUCUAAGAAAGACAUCCGAAAGGCCAAAGAAGCUGUCGAGAAGCGCGAGGAGGAGAGAAAGGAACAAGAUCGCGUCAACGACAGUGUCUUGACAGCAGACGCACUGGCAACAAUUAUCACGCAUCUCGAACGUGGCGAAACGAUAUUGGAAGCUCUGGCUCGUCUCGGCAAAGGCCUCCAGCGAAAGCCAAAAUGGCAAAACAAGAAAAAGAACAAAAAAGUCGCGGUCUCAGAGGACACAGAAAUGACCGAAGAGAACCCCGAAGAGGAUGUCCGCAGGAAGGCGAUCGAUGCGGUCACAGGAGCUGCGGACAUCCUCAUGGGCCGAGGUCAGCCGGAAAUCUACGACACCGCGCGGGAGCUUCUGACUCGACAGUACCGUAAUGAAACUGGGGAAGAUUGGGUCGACCAGCAAGGACUUUCGAAGGAAGCUGAACCCGACACGAACGCUACAAUGUGGGAGUUUCGAUGGGCGGACGCUCGUGAUGGCGGAAACACCCAUGGGCCAUACGACAGCGUUACGAUGGAAUCGUGGAAAAAUGCUGGCUAUUUUGGUGAAGGUGUUGAGUUUCGUCGGGUUGGAGCCACCGAGCAAUGGACUCCAUCAGCAGAUUUUGUUUAG